AUGGCGUCACUAUGGUUUUACUUAUUCUUGUUUGCGAACGUAUUGGUUGGGGCACAAGGGUCAAAUCCUGUUGUAAGGGUUGCCCAUGGGGUGCUCCAAGGAGCAUGGAGGGUCUCCCCCAAUGGCAGAACCUAUGCUAGUUUCCACGGAAUUCCUUACGCUCGUCCACCAUUUGGAGAAUACCGAUUCAGAGAACCACAACAGCCGAAACCAUGGUUAGGAGUGUGGGACGCCAGUAAAUAUCUGUCUGAAUGUCUGCAAUACGACCCAAUUAGGAAGCAAAUUUUGGGUAGCGAAAACUGUUUGUACGUGAACGUCGACACUCCGAAGCUCAGCACCGACGCUCUACUGCCAGUGUUUGUGUACAUUCAUGGAGGAGCGUUCAUGUAUGGAUCCGGGGCAAACUACAAUGCUACAUAUUUGAUGGACCGGGAUAUGGUUGUGGUCACGAUUAACUACAGACUGGGACCUUUAGGGUUUUUAAGCACGGGAGAUGAAGUGAUACCAGGCAAUGCUGGUUUAAAGGACCAGUCAUUGGCAUUACAAUGGGUGAAGAACAACAUCAUGAUGUUCGGUGGCAACCCUGACAGCAUUACAUUGACGGGCAACUCUGCAGGUAGCGCUAGUGUGCACUACCAUUACCUCUCACCGAUGUCUAAAGAUACAUUCCACAGGGGUAUCGCAUUCAGCGGCUCCGCGUUCUCCUCGUGGACGCAUGCCAUGAAGCCAGUGGAGAAGGCGCGCAGCCUCGCCGCCAUUGUGGGAUGCCCCACCGCCAACACGAAAGAGAUGGCCGACUGCUUGAAGUACAGGCCGGCUGAAGUCCUCGUCAAUGCACAAAUCGAGAUGUUUGAAUGGAAGGUCCAUUUGUUUACGCCGUUUACACCAACGCGUGAGGCACCAAACGUAAAGAACCCAUUCAUAACGCAGUAUCCCUACCACGUAGUCCAAGCCGGUGGUAUGCAGAAACUUCCACUCAUCACCACUGUCACAUCCGAGGAAGGGCUGUACCCAGCUGCAGCUUAUCAAACAGAUCCAACACUACUGAAAGAGUUGGACUCACGGUGGGAACAGCUUGCGAGUAACAUCUUCGAGUACAACGACACUCUACCAUUAAAUCAGCGCUCUGCCGUGGCCGCUAAGAUCAAGCAGUAUUACAUCGGUGAAAAACAUAUAGAUCAAGAUACCUUCCGCCAGCUAGUGCAGGCUCUGGGUGACCGUCUGUUCGCGGCGGACGUGGGCAGGCUCACGCAGAUGCACGCCGCGCGCUCCGGCCAGCCCACCUACCUAUACCGUUACACCUACCGAGGACAACAGAGUCUCUCCAACAUAAUCGCCAAGAACGACAAAAAUUAUGGCGUAAGUCAUGCAGACGAUAUACUACUGAUCUUCAGCUUCGACUCCAACACUCCCGCCGAUGUGCAAAUGCGCGAAAAACUACUUGACUUGAUCUACAGUUACGCCGCUACAGGCACCCCGAAAAUUCCUAACGGCCAGCAGUGGACGCCGGUAGUCCCUGGUUCCCAAGAACUGAAUUACUUGGAGAUUGCUUCACCCACUGAAUUCGUGAUGAAGACGAGCUCCGAUUUCGGACACAGAUCGUUCUGGGACAAACUGGGUUUUAUUGAGAACGAAAAUUUUAUCUAA